CACUUAAAAAAGUUCCUUAAAAAACUUUUAAGACGGCAUCUCUCACUUUCUACAGGCCUCUGACUUUCAUGUGUGACGUCACGUAACGUACUGUCGACGUACCUUGAACUCAGAAGCAGAAUAUUAUAAAUCCUUUCUGCUGAAAUAACUCUAUAAUGUAACUAAUAAUCCGUCUCUGAACAUUCUUUUCAACGGAACAUGGAUCAACCGCUCCUGAGAAGAUUUAACGACAUGCAGCAGACUGCAGCACAAAUGCAGCGCCGUGUCACACCUGGUGCACCGUCAACAGCCUCUGUACAGCAGCCAGCAACAGGUUGUCUGAAUGAUGCUGCCGCCAAAGGCAAAUCCCCAGGCACCGCCAUGCAUAUUGAAGUCAUCAGCAGGAUACCUUCCAGCAAAUUUGUCAGAGCUAAAGUCAUGCUGUCACGCCUGGUCAAGUUUCGAAAGGGAGACAGCCCCUAUGAAGACCUUGAUGGCGAUGACAAGGUUGAGAUGGACAUCACUGACUUGUACAGCUCUGGCAGUCGACCUGUUUCGAGUUCCUACGGUGACUCCAGUGGGGCCACCAAUAGGGCCAGACUUAGCCUUGGAGGGGAGAUGUCAGACUUAGCCUCCUUGGGUAGCAAGGACACAGAAGAAACAUUUACAGUGGAGCAAGCAAUAGAUCAGAUUGGAUUUGGACCAUUCCAGAUAAAGCUUUCAGUUCUUACUGGAUUUGCAUGGAUGGCCGAUGCCAUGGAGAUGAUGAUACUGGCCAUCUUAUCACCAGCACUUCAUUGUAGUUGGCAGCUGACAGGUUUACAGGAAGCAGCUAUUACUACAGUGGUCUUUUGUGGUAUGAUGUCGAGCUCUGGACUGUGGGGCAGCAUUUGUGACAAAUAUGGACGCAAAACUGAACUAAUAAUGUGCUCUGUUGUAACUUUCUACUUCGGUAUUCUGAGUGCCUUCUCGCCUAGUUAUGUUUGGCUUCUCAUCUUACGGGGCCUCGUGGGCUUUGGCAUCGGUGGCGCCCCACAAGCGGUCACUUUGUAUGCCGAGUUUCUGCCUUCGAAAACACGGGCGGCAUGUGUGACUCUUGUGGAAAUUUUCUGGGCCAUAGGAGCCUGUUUUGAGGUGUUGCUGGCACUACUUAUCAUGCCUACCCUGGGCUGGCAGUGGUUGCUGGGACUCUCCUCGUUGCCUCUACUUAUUUUUGCCUGUUGCUGUGCAUGGCUACCCGAGAGUGCGCGCUAUGACUUAACCCGUGGCUGCUACGACAAAGCAGUCAAGACUUUGGAGAGGAUUGCACGGGAGAAUGGCAAGUCCAUGCCCCUAGGGAAACUGGUGGAGCCAGAGGUGCAGCAUGUCAAGAGAGGUCGUGUUAUGGACUUACUGAAACCUGAGAUGCGGUUUACCACUGUUCUUUUGUGGAUUAUCUGGCUGGUGUGUGCCUUUUCAUACUAUGGCAUUGUGCUGCUAACCACAGCUCUCUUUGAGAGCCCUGAUGGUUGUCAUGGAACUGAUGUCAAGUUCAAUCCUGAUCCUGCAUGUUUCUUGGAAUGCAAAACCCUAACCAAAGAUGACUACAAAGACCUCACCUGGACCACACUUGCUGAAUUUCCAGGAUUAUUUCUGACUGCAUUCCUGCUGGAAAAAAUUGGUCGCAAGUACACCAUGGCAAUAGAGUUUGGAAUCUUCAGCCUCUUUGUCUUUCUUGUAAACAUAUGUACAACACGUGCCCUGCUGACAGUUUUUCUGUUUGUAUCAAGAGCAUUCAUAUCAGGAGCAUUUCAGGGAGCAUAUAUCUAUACGCCUGAGUUUUAUCCAACAUCAAUGCGGGCCAUGGGCCUAGGUACCUGCAGUGGCAUGGCACGCAUAGGUGCAAUCGUCACACCGUUUGUAGCACAGGUGUUGCUAAAGGUCUCUGCUUAUGUUGCUAUCUCUCUGUAUGGAGUUAUGUGUCUCAUUGCUACUGUGGCAUCUCUCUUGCUGCCUUAUGAAACUAAAGGCAGAGAAAUGAAGGAUAUAACUCAGCAAGUAACUGAAAAAAAAGCCAGAAAGUGAGUGUAUAGUUUUCCGAACCACCAAGAUCGUCCAGAACAUCAGCCUCAUCGAAGCCAGAUAAUCUCAUGCUGUGUAUGGCUCUUAGAGAUCUCUCCAAUAAGUUCUUAGUCCAUGACCCUAGUACUGGUCACUGGUAGUGUCUUUUACAUGUGCCAGUCAUUGCUACAUGUCGAUCUGGUGUGUUGGUCUUAGUAGCAUCUGCCAGUACUGUUUAACACAGAGUGCUGCUCUUUCUGCAACUGCCUUUGUUGGUCGACUGCCAGUGCACUGCUGCUAUGUAGAGGAAUAUGUUCUGUGUUGCUCUCAAUAAUGAUGACAUGAGCCAUAUUGUUGCUAUGCUAGAUACUGUGCCAGUCCUCUUCACAUUAACAAUAAUAAUAAUAGCAUAUGUUUAUAAGGUGCUCUUCCCCACUGACAAAAGUGGGCUUAGGAUGCUUUACAUAUUUAAAGUCACACAAGAACACAUUAUUCAGUAGGCAUAUAAAUGUGUCUUACAGAUUUAUUCACCAUCAUUCAAAUCAUGUUUUCACUCUCUCACACACACACACAUGCACGCAAGGAUGUCAGUAUGCUUUUUGCCUGAGCAUGGACUUAUCAUUGAGUAUUGUGCUUUAAUGCCUGAAUCUUUUAUCAUACCCUUCCUGGGUAAAGUUUUUUUUUUUGUUGUUCUAAUUUUUUUUUCGUUUGUUCAGUGUGACUGUUAGAUUCCUUUACAUGUUGCCUUGCCCAAUACUUGGAUUUGAUACUUCAUGUCUAACAACUGUAGUUGCACAAAGUAGAUAUCCAUGCUGCGUUGUCUCAUACAUCAUCCUUUCUAGUAUUUGCUGCAUCUCAUAAAAGUCGUAAUUUAUAAAUUUUCUUUCUGAUGCUUUUGUGAGACUAGCCAUAUGUGAUAUUUACAUAGGUUUUCCUGUGUGUUAGUUGUAUAAGUUUCUCUGUGUUAUACUCGCACAUGCUAUUUUGUCUGAUAUUCAUGCCCUGGAUUGACCUUUGAGACAUGGGUAUGUAUUUUUUUAAUUUUUCGGAAAUAUUUUUUUGUAUUUACAGCACUUUUUGAAACAGUCUGUGUUGCAUAUUGCUGUCUAUACAUAGAAACUUUAUUGGAUACUCAUGGUGAUAAGAAAUUCUCAUAUAGUUGUUAAAUUUUAUUGUACAUUCCUGUUGCUGUUAAUCUCACUAGAAAUUGUGUGAAAGUGUAUGAUCAUAAACGUGUGUGCACAUUUAAACACAUAUUUACUAAUGCUAGUCUCAGAUGUUUUAGCAACUGACAGUUCUCAUUGCAGCACUGCUAGCCAUGCACAGCAGUAACAAGUAAGUUCAGUUGUUAUUUUUAGACCUGUCAUUUAUUCCAUGACAAAGAUGGGGACCAUCACAAAAAAUUAAAUAGAUAAAAUUAGACGAGAUUUUGUCAAAUAACAGUUAUCAGAACAAGGAGUUGCAUAUUAUUCUGUUAUUCAAUGUAGAAAAAUGAUGGAAUGUGAAAUAAUAGAAGCAAUACCCUUCUCAUUUUGUGUAAAAUGGUCCUAAUUUAUUGAUCACGUACUUCCAUUUGAUAAAUGCCUGCACACAUAAAAUCAAAUUGAUGAACUGAAUAAAUUUGUCAGAAAUGAGCCUCUGCUGCUUGCCAAGCCUGAUUAACUCUGGAUUUUUGAUGAACAUGCUUGUAAAAUAAACCCAGAGUUGUUUGCAAGCUGAGUAAGAAAUUCCCAGCUGUAAGAGGGAAACAUCCUGAUGUCAUUUGUUUAAAAUAUUUUUUAAUUGCUAUGGCGUAUUGUUGACACUAGUCAGAUAUUGUAAACCAGGAUAGGUUUGAUGUAUUUCUGUUGAAAGAAAAUAUAAUUUACUGUAUUACAUAACUUUUAUUUAUAAAAAUGAACUGUAAUUCACUCAUUCCCGACAGUUAGGUUUUUCUUUAUUGUCAGUGGUAGUCAUCAAAGUGGGAACCCGUUUGUGACUGAUUUAACCUGUUACAGUCAAAUAGCAUAAUAAUUAUGAGCAUUUGAAAUGUACAUGCACUAAAAACAAUAUAACCAUAGCAAAUAUAGACGGUUUAUCAGCUAAUCCGACUCUAGGACAAUGCUAACUUCAAAACUGAACCAAAAAGUGACUGCUUCUGUACAUGUAAUUGAGCUAUUAGGUAGUCUUUUGGGUUUACAGUUUAAUUUUUUGGUGGCUUUUUUGGGGGCAUUAGAGAUCCUACAAAAUUCAGGCUAAAUUCUUGGACAGCGCUUUACAUCAUAAUCCCAGUAAAGUAGGCAUUAGCUUAUGCUUCUAUAUUUGCAUAAUGUAUUAGAAGACGGUUUCUAAUCAAAAGAAAUAGUAAUGGAAUUCAUGUUGCUGCAAUAUUUGUAAUCAAACUUGUCUGCCUGAAUGAUGAGCCAUAUUCUGCUAAAAGAAUCUGUAGCCUUUUACUUGAUAUCCAUGUUUUGUUGUUUUGAUGAAUGAUAAUGUGGAAGCUGCUAUAUAUUUGGACAGCAUUAUAGAUGUUAAAAACAAUGAAGAGAAUAAGAACGGUGGUAGUUAUUGAGUGUGCUGAAUGUUGUACCUGUCCUGGCCAUGUGCUGCCUGAGUACACUGUCUAGGAUUACCUCACACAUAGGAUGAGAAAAAAAUGUCUUUACUGGCCUGUGGUUAUAUGAGAGAUAUGCAUGUAGCAACAAACCUUGACAAAAAGGAAGCAUAUAAUGUUGAGAAAGAGACACAUUUAAGAUCUGCUUUUCAAGGUAGACAAAACCUAUUUGUCAUUUAGAUUUUGUGGUAUAUAAACACCAUUUUUUGGUAAGGGAUAUUGGUUUUUUAGACAUUUUUAACUGUGCACAGAUCAUUUUUAUCAUUUUUUGUUCUUUGCAAUUUAAAUACCAUGAUAGCAUUCCACUUUGUGUAUAUUCAUCUUGCAUUUGUAAGGUGACAAGUUCUUUUAAUGUAGAUCAUAAUGCUACAGGGUAGAAUGGAAUGUAUUUUUUCAGACUGUUUGAGUCCACCAUAAUUAUUGAUAUUUUUGGCAACUGGUAAAUACACAAAAAAUGUAAACCACAAGACUUUGAACAUGUUUGUUGAUGCUUUUAUAAAUUAGUUAAGAUUGAUAUUAGGCAGAUGUGUGCUUUAUAUUAUGGAAAUGUAAAAGUCACAGAAAAAGUUGCCUUUUAUUGUUGUCCAGACAUUCAUACAAUGAUUUCUGGUAAAAAUGCCACUUUAGGAAGAAUGGAUACAUGUUAGUACAUGGGGCUUAACUGGGCUGAUAGCAGCCAACUUAAGUUCUAGCAAUUGUUUCCUUGAGUCUGCACCACUCAUUUGUGUGAGGCUUUGAUGUCAAAAACAACAAUUCACAGCCUUCUGUGGGGCAGACUGCAAAUUGUGAGAAGCCAGUCUUUAGCUGCUUGAAAACACUGUAUGGUUUUUCGUCAAACUUUUAUGUCAGCUCUGUCAGUGAUCUAUAGUCAAAAAUUGCAACACUGUACACUACCAUUACUAUGGGCUGAAGCAUGGGUUUAGUUUUUCUGAGUAGAUGUAGUACCAAGUUCGUGAAAGCUUCGUAUCACUGACGUGGAUCAGACACUGGCAUUGGACAUGAUAGAGACCACUGCAUUCUUGUUCUCUGCCAGCUUCAGCUAUGCAUUGUGAUGUCAAGGUUCAAUAUAGAUAUGUUUACAAAGCCAAUAUGUCUGAAUGUGAUCAUAUUAUAGGUUGUGAGCUUUGAUCUCCCCCUUGUUGAUCCAGUGUGCACAACAUCUGAUUUUAUGGCUGUGUAUGAUUAAAGCACUCUGAGGUAAAAAGUACUUAUAAUUUGUUUUAAUGUUCUGCCAUUUACUUAAGCAAAAAGAGAUCCAGACACAUUCCCUGUGAAUGUUGUUUGUGUGGUUUGAUACUUCAGAAGGAUAGUUUGUGACUUGUGAUGACCUUUUUCAAGUUGUUGGUUUGUUGAUGGAUUAUGGGUUUUUGGUAAUACUGAAGCUGACAUGGAACCAUGGGAAUAAUGUGUUUAAAUGUGAAACCAUGCUUCUCUAUUUAACACAAAAAGUUGUAUUUGGUUACAAGAGCAUGCUUUCAUGACACUCCAUUAGUCUUUGGUUGUUUAUUAAACAUAUUAAUGUUGCCGGACUUGUUUUAUUGUUUAUUACAGUUGGUAUUUUUGUUGUUGGGGAAAACUUGUAAAUAAAUUUCCUGAAAAAAAAA